CAUUUGAAUCUGCCUGCGUCUCGCAGCUCAAGCAAGGCAACUUUAAACGUGAGGAUGUUUUUUUCAAAACCCGGCUCGGUCGACAGCGGGCUAGAGAAGCGUCUGCUCCGCACCCGCCGCAGGCUUUGAGUGGGUCUCGAUCUCGCUUUUUGUCAUGUUGGUGUGUUUGCUCUCUCGGCUUCACCCCGCAGAAUGCAAGACUCGGAGCUGGAUGGGAGGAUUCGCUGCACGGUGGCAGUGGAGCAUCUGGGUGCAGCGGCGGCCCCGAAUCGGCUGCUCCUGCGGGAUGCCUGGGUCAACCUCGGGCGGAACGAGUUUCGCGAACUGGUCUUACAGGUGACGAAAGCUUCGGGUCCGGACCGCCUCCAGAACUUCCCUUUGCGGCGGAACGAAAUGCGCCUGUUCACACGUUUUGUGAAGGACGGGAAGAGCUCGAUCCGGUUGGGUCCCUUAGGCUCCAAUUAUGUGCAGCUGCUGCUCUCGAACUGCCCUCCGGAUCGCUUGCGUCGCUUCGUGCAGACUCUGCGCAUCAAAUUUGAAGCUGCCCAGCACGGAGGGCGGCCGGUGCCUGAGCGGACAAGGCUCCUCUCUAGCUUGCCGCGCACAUUCGACACGGUGAGCCCGGUGCAAGUCCGCGAUUUGCAACAAGCAAGUGCCCGAGAAGCUCUGGCUAACGUUACAGCCACCCCCACGAAAGGACAGACUCUACCCUGCAGGUCUAGGAAGCGUCCUCUGGAAUCAGUGGAUGGGAGGCAGAUGACUGAAGAAAAGCAGGUGAAGAAGCCUUGGUUGAUGGGCUCCCGAGCAACACUUUCCCAGGAGCAGUCAAGAGUGCUGAAUGCUGUGUUGAGUGGAAAGAAUGUCUUCUUCACAGGGAGUGCUGGAACUGGAAAAUCUUAUUUACUGAAAAAGAUUGUGGCCUCCUUUCCUCCAAAUGGCACUUAUGUCACAGCCAGCACAGGAGUGGCAGCAUGUCAGAUUGGGGGCAUCACCCUCCAUGCUUUUGCAGGUAUUGGAUCAGGAAAGGCCUCUCUGCAUCAGUGUCUUGAGCUGGCCCAGAGACCUGGGGUUCGGCAGCAAUGGCUGAAUUGCCGCUGUCUGAUCAUCGAUGAGAUCUCAAUGGUGGAGGGGGAAUUCUUUGAUAAACUGGAAGCGGUGGCUAGAGAUGUCAGGAAAUGUGAGGAUCCAUUUGGAGGAAUCCAGCUUAUUAUCUGUGGAGACUUCUUACAAUUGCCGCCCGUUACCAAGGACCACAAACAGCCCAAGUUCUGUUUCCAGGCAAAGAGCUGGAGAAAGUGCAUCCAUCUGAACAUGGAGUUGACAGAGGUUCGGAGACAGACUGACAAGGAGUUCAUUUCUCUUUUGAACGCUGUCCGUCUUGGCAGAUGUACAGAGGAAGUCACCAGACUGCUGACUCAAACAGUAAUGCAAAAAGUGGAGAGAAAUGGAAUAUUGGCUACACGGUUGUGUACUCACAAGGAUGAUGUAGAGUUCACAAAUACUAUGCAGCUGCAGCAAUUAGCUGGACAGCUAAGGUCUUUCAAGGCUGUUGACAGUGAUCCUAUGUUGGCAAAGACUCUUGAUGCACAAUGUCCUGUGAAGAGCAUGAUUGAACUCAAGGAAGGUGCCCAGGUGAUGCUUACAAAGAAUCUUGAUGUUUCUCAAGGUCUGGUGAAUGGGGCUCGUGGAGUUGUGAUUGGAUUUGAAACUGAAGGAAAAGGCCUGCCCAAAGUGAGAUUUCUUUGUGGUGUGACUAAUAUUAUUGGCUUGGAAAGAUGGGUUUUUAAGGGGCCAGCAGGCACUUACCUGAGUCGCCAGCAGUUGCCCCUGAAGCUUGCCUGGGCCAUUUCUAUCCACAAGAGCCAGGGUAUGUCUUUAGACUGUGCAGAGGUUUCUCUAGCUCGCGUCUUUGAAAGUGGGCAGGCGUAUGUAGCACUUUCUCGAGCUCGUAGUCUGGCAAGUCUCCGAGUUUUGGAUUUUGAAGCCAAGGUAGUCAGAGCUAAUCCAUGUGUACUGCAAUUUUACAAGCAGCUAAAGAGAGACCAAUUUUUAAAUCAGGUCUCUUUGCAUUCCUAUAUUUACCCUGAUAAAGAAAAUGUAAAAGUUAAAGGAACAUUUACUGGUUGAGAAUCCUUGGUACCAUUUUAUUAAUUAAUUUUGGAACAGUUUUGGAACAACUGCUUCUACAAAUUCAGUAUUUCUAUAAAGUAUUGGAGCAUUGUGAAGAAGAGAACAAUUAUGAGACAUCGUUUUCUAUAAACACGGACAGUCCAUCCACUGAAGUUUUAACCCAAAUCAUUCUGCUUCUGAGUUUGCACUCAUCAGAUCUUAAAAAUUACUUGAAGCCACCUUUACGGAAUAGUCAAAUUUUGCUAGGAUAUUUACUUCAAAUAGCACUUACACUGUGUGUAUUGUGAGUAUUUGAUAUUACUGAAUAAAACUUAACUUUAAGGACUCAUAUUACUUCCUUAAUAAACCAAAUGAGAUUUUACUUAA